AUGUCGUCGACACGCGAGGCCCAUACCCUUUUGCUUGUGCACGAUACGAAACAAAUCCAUGCAGGUAUUGGCAUUUCAGAGCCUCUGCUGCGCCCUGAUGUGACUGUGGAAGCGUGCGUCGGACGUCGAGAGGCGAAUGGCCCAUACAUCGUCGGCGAAGCUCUGGUGCAAGCUGUGACGCAGGGUGAGGCUGUGGAAAUCAUCUAUCCUAUCACAGAUGGAGACGUAAACAACUGGGACGCGCUUGAAGCGCUAUGGUACUAUGUUUUGCAUGAUAAACUUGGCGUGCGAGUAGGCAAUAAUGCCUACUAUAUCAUGCUGGCCUUGCCGUCGCCCGUAUCUCGCGACGUGUAUGAACAAGGAGCGAAGAUCUUGUUUGAAAAGUUCAACUCACCCGCUAUCACGAUAAGCGAGGUUCCGCUACUCUCUGCGUACGCCCUCGGCGUCCUUACGGCGUUAGUUGUCGAUGUGGGUGCCGAGGACUCGAGUGCGGUGGCCGUGAGCGACUGCGCCGUCGUGCCCUCUGGUGUGGUUAUUUCAAAGAUUGGCAUCGUGCAUUGCACAUGGUGGCUCGCCUAUUUGCUCACGCAGGAUGCUAGAGUGAUGCAGGCGCUAGAGCAGGUGGCGCCGGGGCAGACCCAUGCGGCCGCAUGGAGCCUGGCUCAACAAAUGGCUGAUGACCAUGUCGUGUGUGUCGAUACGGACAUCACACAAACCGACGAUGAGGAUGAAGGUGUGCUUGAUGUGGCUGCAGCGCUCGUGGAGGGUCGUGAGCGCGAUGUCGUCAAGGAGCGCGAGCGCCAAAAGGAGGCCGAGGCCAAGUCUGCAGCAUCGAAUACAAGCGGCGCGGUAGUCGUGUCGUUCCGUGGCGUAGAGGUGCCAGUGGGCUCCGUACACAAACGCUUCCAUGAACCACUGUUUCGUCCGGCAGUGCUGGAGCGCGUAUCGCUCGAUAUCCCAACUCCGCGUGCCGUGGCGCAGGCGCUGCAGGCACGGCGCAUUGGUGGCGAGCCUAUGUGCCUGUCGAUUCCCGACGCCGUGGCCCGCGCCACCGCGAAUGUCCACCCCAUGGAGCGUCGCUUGCCGCUUUGGGAAAAUCUUAUCCUUACAGGCCCCAUGGCUCUCACGCGCGGCCUCAUAGCCGAGCUCACACGCGCGCUGUCUGCAUACACAACGACUGAAUCUUCAGAGGCCUCACAGGUGGUGGGUGACCCGCAGCCAUGGAAGCCGCACCAUGUGCGUGCGCUGCGCAUUCCCGACUACUUUGCCAACUAUAAGGAACGCAUGGACUUGGCGCCCUAUCUGGGGGCCACCAUCUUUGCGAAGCUGGUAUUUGGUGACUUGUCCGGGCGCAACUAUAUUACCAAGAGGCAGUACAAUGAGGGCGGUCCCUCGGUUGCAUUCGCAUUGGGUAGCCUGUAG